UCCUGACUAGACUGUAGAUGUUGAUCAUUGUCAGGUAUAAAAGCAUUGUGGAGCCAGUUCAGGAUGGAAAAUGAUCAAAAACUGCUGAUGAACCAAAUUAUUUAGCGUCUUUUCAUCAUGGACGUGUGGACGAAUGGCUCCAACUGUUCGUCAAACUGUGACUUUAUUUGGGAUGCUGACGCGUACAUGAACACCUCGCCCCCGGUUGGCAUCUUCCCUGUGCCGGUUCUCACUGUGGUAACCGUGACCUGUGUGCUCUUCUUCCUUGCGGGCGCGACGGGGAAUUUAACCACCAUCAUGGUGGUGUUUAAGUACAAGGAGAUGCGCUCCACCACCAACUUGUACUUGGUGAGCAUGGCGUUUUCGGACCUGCUGAUCUUCCUGUGCCUGCCGCUGGACUUGUACCGCAUGUGGCGCUACAGGCCGUGGACUUUGGGAAACGUGCUGUGUAAGCUUUUCCAGUUCGUCAGCGAGUGUUGCACCUACUCCACCAUCCUGAACAUGACGGCCCUUAGCGCCGAGAGGUAUUUCGCUAUCUGCUUCCCUCUCAGGGCCAAAGUGGCGGUGACCAAGCGGCGUGUGCGCGGACUCAUCGUGGCUCUCUGGAUGGUGGCCCUCUGCAGCGCCGGACCCGUGUUCGUUCUGGUCGGCGUCGAGCAUGAGAACGGGACCGACUGGAGAGAGACGAGUGAAUGCAAGGCCACGGAGUUCGGGGCCCGGACCGGCCUGCUCAGCGCCAUGGUGUGGGUCUCCAGUGGGUUCUUCCUGCUGCCGGUCUUCUGCCUGACCGUCCUGUACGGGCUAAUCGGGAGGAAGCUGUGGAGGAGGAAGAGGAGAAGGAGAGACAGCAUGAAGAGCAGAGACAGCAGCAAUCGACAAACCAUCAAGAUGUUGGCCGCGAUGGUGUUCGCCGUGGUGCUGUGCUGGCUCCCGUUCCACGUGGGCCGCUACCUGUUUUCGGCGUCGCCCGAGGCCUUCUCGUCUCCGCUGGCGUCUCUGAUCUCUCAGUACUGCAACCUGGUCUCCUUCGUGCUCUUCUACCUCAGCGCCGCCAUCAACCCCAUCCUGUACAUCUCCAUGUGCAAGAAGUACCGGAACGCCGCGCUGCGCCUCUUCGGCCAGAGCUCGCCCAGCUUCACCGAGUCCAGCAUCAGCUGCUGAUGGAGCUGUAUGUCAUGCCCUACACUGUAUAGCCAAAAGUAUGUGGACACCCUUUUUUAAGUACUCAUUGUUCGGUAAGGACUUUCACUCUUCCAGGAUGGCUGUGACUCUGUCCAGUCCCUUAAAGACAUAGUGAGUUUGGUGUGGUUGGAAGGGUUCCUUCUUCCAAAAUGCUAUACUAUACAGCAGGAAAGGGCAUUCCCUAAACUGUUGCUACAAAGUGAACCAUACUAUUCCGUUUCUCUUGAACCUUUUGGUCUGCAGCAGGCAUUCAGACAGGCGUAGCAGGUGGAGUCCGGAAAUAGUGUUUCCACUGAUCCAGAGUCCAGUAGUGGCGUGCUUUACACCACUAUAGCCGAUGCUUAUCAGAAGCUGUUUGGAAUUCGGUAGUUCAUCAGCAGGACAUUAUUUUAACGUCUGACUUGUUAUCAUCCUGGGUGGCAUCACAGUUAAGGUGGCAUUCUUAUUGUACUGCCAUUGUAACACUUCAGUUAUUAGGGGCGUCCACAUACUUUUGGCUGUAAGAUGGGGGAGAUAUUAAGUUGCCUUAAAUGAAAUAAAUCUGGAGGACAGAAUCACUGUAGAAACGGCAGCAUCACCUCACACCUGGACAGGUAACGUGAGAGUGAUGCACCUCAUAACCUUACUCAUUCAUUCAUUCAUUCAUUAUAACUGAUUCAUCCACAUGACAUCAGACCCACUCACUCUUACACAUUAUAACCUUACUUAUUACAUUUAUUAUUUAUAACUAAUUCAUCAUUCACACACUUAUUCACUCACUCACCCGCCUACUCACUUCACCUACCCACUGUGGGUGUGUGUGUGGUAAAUGUCCCACUGUAAUAUAAACAGUUGCACGUUUUACCUUUGCAUUGAUGCAAAAAAAGUUCAAAUUAUUUUAAUAAAGUUUUGUUCCUUUCAGUUUAAAUGAUGUGAAUGUGCAUAAUAAUGUAAAUAUUCAAGACAUGUUAAAAUGUGUAAAUGAUGUACAUAUUUCCUCGUAUGAAGCAUGAUCAUGAGUGUGUGUAUAUAACGUGUAAAUCAUAUAUAAAAUAAAAAAUA